ACUACUUCCAAUAAGAAGGUUAUGUUAGAUGAACUACCGCAUCGAGUUAAUUGGAAAGACAGUAAUACUACUAUUGGGAGUGGUUUAACAAGUCUUACGACUGGUUCUCAUGAAACGCACAAGGAAAGAUUUGAAGAUUGUGUUGGAAGUUGGACGAACCUAGAAGAUUGCAGACUGCUUGAUCAUGUCUCUCGAUUGGGUGAAAAUCGUUGGAAUCUUAUUGGAAAAAAACUUGGCAAGUCAGCUUUUCAAUGCUCAGAAAGAUAUUUGAAGCAUUUACGUCCUCAAAUGUUAGGAUCCAGUAAAACCUAUACAACUCUAAUACAACAUAGAGCUAUACCACAAACAAUUCUCAAUUCAGAUCAAAAUUCAACAUGGACAAAAGAUGAAGACUCAACUCUCCUCCAGUUGUAUUUAACAUAUGGAUCCAAUUGGGAGUUAAUAGCUAAUCGCAUAACCACUAGUGGUAGUUCGCAUAAAAAACGAACUGCUGUAGAUGUAAGACAACGAUAUGAAAAAGUUGUUCUCCAAUAUUGGCCCAAUUAUGAUCAAGAAAAUCGUCCACUCUCUAGUUUACUGUUUCGUAAUUCGCUAUUAUCCUGGUCAAAUAGUCCUAAAAAUAACAGUACUCACAACAACACAAGUUCAAACGAUCAAUCAAUAAUUAGUAAGAACAUUCCUCGACCUUCCUAUCUAAUCCCAUUAUCUUCAUUAAAGUCGAAUUACGAUUCUACAACAAAUGGAAAUUGGAAAAUUCGUCUGACCCAACCUAUUCAUCAUCAUGAUUCAGGUUUUAGUGAAUCUGGUUUGUCGAACAGUGUCCAGUCUGGUGGAAGUAAUUCUCAGCAAUCUCUGAGGUAUUCGGUUGUGACGACUUCCAUCAGUUCCCACAAUUCCUUAUUAUCUACAUCGACUCCAGUGGAUUUAAUUAAAAAUGGUCCAUUAUUAUCUAGUCCUGAUAAAUCUCAAUUCAGCCUACCAUCAUCAUCAUCAUUAUUUAUCAAAUCAAAUUCACCUAAAUUACUUGAAUCCAGUAUAAAUGACGAUCUCACUAAUUCUCCUACUUCUUCAUUUUCAUUUAAUUUUUAUAAUAAUCAUAAUCAUAAUAAUAAUUGUUCAUCAAAAACAACCUCUCCAUUAAAAUCAAUUCAUCAGACAACAAAUGGAUCGUUAAGUGUUCUGAUAACUGAUGAUAACAACAGUAAUAAUACUAAUAAUAAUCAUUUUGUUAUACAAACACCUACAAAAGCAUUAAGUGAAGCUGAUCAAUUAUCAUUUCAUUUAACUAGUCCACCAGCUGUUUUAGGUUCUGCUGGUCGUUAUCCUGUUACUAAUUUAAAUCAUAAAAUAACAGAUUUAGAUAAAACUCCAAUUGGUUCAAGAAUUCCACGUUGUUCACAAAUAAGAGGAGACGGUGCACCGUUACGCAGACCACUCUGUACCAGGUUGUUUGAUAAUAUUCCAAAUAAUACUUCUCUUCCUUCAACGUCACUUUCUUCAUCGUUUACAGUUAGUAAUACUAAUCGUAAUAAUUUGUCCGAGAAAACUUUCUCAACGUUAUCCUCUUCAACAACAUCAUAUAAUUCCUGUGAUGAAGCUAAAUGUAUAGCUAUUCUUACAGCCAAAGCAACUGUUUGGAAUCGAGCACUUUUACCAACCACUUCUACAUCAACAACUGCGACAUCUUCAUUGUCAACAUCUCAAAAAUCUCAUCUUUCUUAUUUUACUACGAAUAAUAAUAAUUGUAACAGAUUAUUCAAUGAGAAUGAAUUCAACAUGAAUCCAUAUCAUUCUCUUAACUUUUCAAUUCCUAAAGAUACAAUGAUGAAUUAUCAUAAUAAUCUAUAUCCUUAUAAAUCAUAUUCUCAAAUAGUUAAUAAUGAUGCUAACUUUAAUCCUCCAUUAAAACCAUUAAAAUUUCCUGCUAGAAAACAACCUCAUUUAACACUUCGACGUAUUGUACAAAUUGCUAAUGAAGAUGAUUGGCAAGAAGUUGCUUAUGGUAAUAGCUAUGCUUCUCAAACAUUAAUUCGACUAGCUAAAUCAUUUAAGAACAAUUAUCAACAACAACAAUCUAUUAGUGAAUUAAAUGAUCUCUCAUCUCAUUCAUCAUUAUCUUCACCAUUAUUGCCUAUAAUAAAGAGAACAAUAUCAGAAGAAUCAAUUAAUCAUUAUUCAAUUGAUCAUCAAGAUUGUUUCUUGGAACUAGAACAACCGAUGGACAAUUAUUAAUGAGAAUUAUUCUCUUUUUAUCUUUACUUCAUUUACUUCGUUUUUAAUACAGUAUAUUUUAAAGUGUGACAACUCGAACUAAUGUACGUACGUACGAGGUUCUACGUUGUUACUGACUGACUGAUUUUAAAGUGUGACAAAUACAAUCCCAAUUGGGUUAUAUAUAUAUUUAAUAGUUUCAACAUUCUCGUUUCGUUUUAUUUAACAGUGGAUUAUUAAUUUGUAAUCAUAUGUUAGUUGGUUAGUAAUAGGAAUGAGUUUUUUAUUCGAUUUGGUCAAGAAAGAAUUUUUGUUUCAUUUCAGUCUUUUUUUUCCUCAUAUUCUCCCAUACCACUGAUUACUACAACUCCUUGAUCUUCAUCUUAUGAUGAUAUAGUACUGGUAUGAAAAACAAAACAAUGUUGUACUGUACCAUUUCAAGUUCAAUCACUCUUUCAUGUCUACAUACUUUCUACCGUUACUGCUACUUUUCUUGAGAAUUGAUACUUAUCAUUUGAAGCUGGUUUAAAAAUAACCACAGUUUCUAGUUUUCUUUCUUUAUUUCUUUAUUAUCAUAAGUGAUCAGAUGAUAUCAAUUCAUGUGAAUGAGUGAAUUUACGAUGUUAAUGUUAAUUAGGAAUCAAAUGGAUUUGAUCUGAAAGUGUAUGUAUGUGUGUCUAUGUAUUCGAUUUCACUUCAAUCUCUAUUAUCAUUAUUCUUUAGUCAUGAUCUUCAUAGUUUUAUAUGUAAUUUUCACAGGAAAUCACUUAUCAAUUUGAUAUUAUAAAUAUGUAUCAUUUCUCAUCCUUAUUCCGAGUGAUUUAUAUAUACUAUUGAAAAAACAUUUAUCAUAUUACUAACAACACUACUCAUAUUAGUAGUAUUGUUUACACAUUAAGUAGGUGGUUUUUCUUCUCCAAACUAAGCAAUUAUGUGAUAUUCAUUAAACAUAUAUAUAUAUGUGUAUAUAUAUAUGUAAUUAUGAAUUCAUCUUUGUUUAUUGUUACUCAUCACUAUGAAAUAACUAUAGGUGUUCAUUAUUCUUUUUUCUCAUACAUUCACUUCUUUAAUCUUAUGUUAUAUUUCCUCUUCUUCUUCUUCCUCCUCCUCCUCUUCCUCUUCUUCUUCUUCUCCCUCUUCUUCUUCUUCUUCUUCCUCCUCCUCCUCUUCUUCUUCCUCUUCCUAUUACUGUUUAUCACUUCAUUUUACUUGUAAUUCUUAUAUGAAUCGUAUGAAAUGUGUUACAUCCUAAUGUAAUUUAUCAUAAUUCAAAUGAUUAAUUCUCUAUUCUCAAUAAUCCUUCUUUAAUGUUGUGUAUACACAAUUCAUGAAUAUGUUGUAUACUUUUGUGUAUUAGAUUACCAAAACCAUAAAUUCAUACUAUAUUCCCAUGGAUCCAUUAUAAUUUCUUAUUCUUCUUCUCUUAAAAUCUAAUUAUAAUAAUUACAUAACAGUGUUUUUUUUUGUUUUGUUUUUAUCUCUUCUAUCUAUACCCUUAUUGCAUGAGAAACUAGUUACAAUACAAUAUGAUUAUACUCUAUCCUAUAUGUCAUUUAAGAUUAUUAACUCCAUUUAUCUCUAUCAUCUUGUUUUAAUGCUUACUUUAUAAAUAAAAGUCAAUUUUAU